AUGGAUGCUUUCCGAGGGGCAAUUGAUAGUUGUGCUAUGAAAGAUCUUUGCUAUAGGGGUUGUACGUUCACUUGGGAAAGGGGGAAUUCCAUGUCAACUUUUGUCAGAGAAAGGUUGGAUCGAUUCCUAGCUGAUGAAGGGUGGUGUUCUUUGUUCCCGGAUUGUGAGGUUCGACAUUUAUCUAUAUUGAAACCAGAUCAUGCUCCGAUAAUUUUGUCAACUGAAACUAGAAGACAAGAUGAUUGGGGGGAUUCAGGAUUCAAGUUCGAACAUUUCUGGUUGUCUAAUGAGGGGUGUAGUGGGGUUGUGAGUGAUGCAUGGAGGCUCAUAACUGAUAAUUCCAUUGUUGCCUUUGAAAUUUUUCAUGCUAUGAAGAGAGGUGGUGAAGGGAAGGAUGGCAAUGUUGCGCUAAAACUUGAUAUGAGCAAAGCGUAUCAUAGGGUGGAAUGGAUAAACGGGCAUAUCUCGGGGUCUGUGACUCCCUCGAGAGGAUUACGCCAGGGUGAUCCUAUUUCUCCGUACUUGUUCCUGUUAUAUGCGGAUGCUUUUUCGACGCUAAUCUCAAAAGCGGCUAAUGGUAACUUAAUUUACGGUGCCAGAAUUUGUAGGAAUGCUCCCAGGGUGUCUCACCUUUUCUUUGCAGACGACAGUAUACUUUUUGCUAAAGCAAGAGUGCAAGAAUUCUCGGUUAUAGCUGAUAUAAUCAACAAAUAUGAGAGAGCUUCGGUUCAGAACGUCAAUUUAAGCAAAACUGAAGUUGUUUUUAGCAAAAAUGUAGACCAAAAUCGAAGGCAAGAGAUUAUUCAAAUUUUGGGUGUUAGGGAGGUUGAACGACAUGAAAAGUACCUUGGGUUGCCCACUAUCAUUGGAAGAUCGAAAAAAGCAAUUUUUGCGGGGUUGAAGGAGAGAUUAUGGAAGAAACAACAGGGUUGGAAGGAAAAGAUGCUUUCGAGACCGGGAAAAGAGGUGCUUAUAAAAGCGGUAGAUCAAGCGAUUCCUAACUAUAUGAUGAGCAUUUUUAAACUUCCGGAUGGAUUUAUUGAUGAUAUCCACUCCAUGCUUGCGAGGUUUUGGUGGGGUUCUACGGAGACUAUAAAGAAGAUACAUUGGCAACGAUGGGAAAGCUUAUGUCAACCCAAAGCUCUUGGAGGGUUGGGCUUUAAAGAUCUGAAAUGGUUUAACCAAGCGUUAUAG